GGUUGUCAAGGAACGGGUUCUAGUUUACGGAACUGUUAGCGUUGCUGCUAAAAUCGUUUCUGUUUUCCAUUUUUACCACAGCAGUUUUCUUUCAUGUUCAGUGUACCAUUGAUGUUUUGUAAAUGUAAGUUAAGAAGCGUGGUUUUACAACCACAACCUCGUCAACUAAAAACAAAUCGGGUGUUUAUUUUUAAAACGGAACAGAAGACUUUGUGAUGCUAGCUGCAUAGCCUGCAUGAUGGCACGGGAGUCUCCUCCUCCUGGAUCAUUCAUUGUCCCCGACUGGCAUCGAUGUAAAGAAAGCAAGGAAUAUUUCAACAAAAUUAUGCACAAGAAACGAAAGAAUUUUGGUCUGUUGGAGUCUCCUGUGAUGCCUCCACACGCAGCAGUGGACACAGUUCAUUAUAAGAUUUUCCUUUCGGGUAAGAGUGGAGUUGGGAAAACUGCUCUCGCCGCACGCCUUGCUGGCCUGAAUAUUCCUAAAAUGCACCAUGAAACUACAGGUAUUCAAACAACAGUGGUGUACUGGCCUGUGAAGCUGAGGGAAAAUGGCAGAGUGCUUUUCUUUCGUCUGCAGCUGUGGGACUGUGGAGAGAACGCCUUGCGGAGAUUUGAUCAUUUGCUUCCAUCCUGUAAGGAACAGGUGGAUGCCGUCAUCUUCCUUUUCUCCUUCACCGACAGGACAUCCUUUGAAGAUUUGUCAAAUCAAAUAUCUAAAUGGACCGAGCCAUCUUAUGGCUGCCUUGUCAAAGUGGUGGUUGGCACAAAGUUUGACCUCUUCAUGCACUGCGAUGUGCCAGAGAGGGAUGUCAGGAAGUUCCAGGAGACAUGGAGGUUACCUGUGCACCGCUCAGGUGGGGAGGUCAGCGAUGGGCUGGGUGACGUAGCCCCCAUCCUCAACUGCCUUGCAGAGAACCUGUGGCACCAGGACUGUGUUAGAGCUGGAGCAGCUGGUCAGCAUCCACAGCAUGAUACAGUGACUUUGCCUUAAAAAAAAAAAAAAAAAAAAAAAAAAAAAAAA